AUGUCGAUUGCUGAAGGCGAACCAAUGGCCGAUAACGACCGAAGCGUGGCUGAUGACGAAGAAAGCAUGGCCAAUGACGAUCGUAGCGUGUCCGAUGAGAGUCAAAACGCGUCCGAUGAGGAUCAAAAUGAGCUUUCAAAGGGCGCAAGAAGUCUCUGUCAGGUUGCCCUGGAGUGUAGCGCAGACGCUAUGCUCAAGGAGCCAAACUCAUACGAUCUGAUUUCCAACCUACCGUGGAAGCUUCAACAAGAUCUGUGGAAACACCUGUUGGAUGAUCGACGAGAGCGACAACGGCUCGAAGAAGAACUUGCAACGAGAAGAGACCACUUGAUCGACUGGGAGUUGGACAAUAGUGUCGACAGGAACUACGAUUUCAUUACAGCACACCCGGAAGACUUCUUACAAGGCUCUGUCAAAGAAGAUGACUCCUGGUCAACUUUUCUCGACCUGGCCUUGGGUUCAUCCUUCCCGGACUUGCCUAUCGACCGCGACAACUGGGACAGAGCGUUUAUGACCGAGAGCUCAACAGCCUCUUUGAUUCGCUUCAAAAUCGGUGGUUGGGGAGAUUGUCCUGAGGUAGAUCAACUCAUUUCAGCAGAUCUCAUGAGAGCGCGCAUGGCCGCUCUUAAAGAUGCCCCUGCCUGCGACAAGUACGAGGAACGCAAAGAUGGUUCACGAUUGCUUUCGAUUAAAGGAGUGCUGCUCGUGGAGAUCGAAGUUGACACAUGGUCCGACGAGCCCGAGCCGAACUCAGACUAUGUCAGGUGUACCGUGCCCAAUGACAGCGAGAGGAGGCGAAUUGCAGAGCUGUACAUCAACGCUUUACUCAGUCCGAUCGACUUGGAAUAUUCCCUUGGUUUUAACUCGUCUUGGAACGGCAAACCUUCUAACACCAACCUGUGUGGCAGAAAUGCUUUCGCCAGACGCGCCCUGAAGGAAAUGGGCUUUUCUGCACACGAGGAUGCCAAUGACGAAGCCUGGGAGGCCCACAGAGACUGGGAACGUGAUUGCUGGUGGCAUUGA